GUUUUCUAUGUUAUUUCCUUUUCUUUUCACGGUCAUGCUGUUUUUUUUAAUCCUAUUGAAUUAAUGGUGUAAGAAUAUUUGGAAUUGAUGAUUUAGAAUGUGAGAUGUUGUCUAUUUUUUCCUGAAUCUGAUAAAGAUUAGUAGAGGCAUUUCUUCUGUUCUGUGUCAUGAAACUUUUUGAACUUUUAAAGACUAGACUCUACUCACUAGCUCCUACAGUACUAAUUAGGUAAAAUGCCUUGAAAUGUUUAUAUUAUUAAAUCGAUGUGAAUUUACACACUAGUUUUUGUCAUUCAGAAAAUAACAUUUAUUAAGGUCUUAUGAUAAAUUUUCUGCUUUGGAUUUCUGAAAAUGCUUUUCCGUUGAUGUCUUUUAAAGGUUGUAGGGGGUUUAUUAUUCUUGUUUGAUAGUAAAAAGAAAAAGAAAGAAGUAACCAAUCUUCUUGUCUUGCUAUAAAACACAAGAUGUGCUCGUAGGUAGUUGACAUGUGACACCGGACAAGUCUAUGACAACAUAAGUUUUGCUCUCUAUUGCCUCAACAUGCUGCUACGGAGUAUUCUCUUUUCCCAGUACUGAGCCUGUAAUUAUUAUAAGUGAGUCAUACAGUUGUGGCAGUUCCCAGCUUUUUUACUAUGCUUCGGGCAAAGCAUCUCGGCACGCUCUCCCAGUCAGCUAGGUCCUUUUUUCUAAGCGGAUCACGAUGUAGUGCAGCGGAUGGAAGUUCGUGCACUUGUUCGGAAGAUGAAACUUGUAUUUCGAAAAGGCCGCAGACCAGAAAUGAGGUUCGACAUCCGCAAAUAUCAUCCAGCUUAGUUUCAAAAGCCUCUGUAGGAGUAGGUGCCUUAUUAUCUGGAGAUGCUGUGAAGGUUGUGAGCUCGAAAAAAAAUGAUACUUUAGAUUCUCCAGUUUCUAGGCCACAGGCCAUACCUGCAUCUACGGUGUCUGGGCGAGUAGAAUCUGUUAUUUAUGGUAGCAUUGAUGCUGAGAAUACUGUGCAGUCCUCACCUCCCAUCUCAGACCAGUUUGUUCGGGCAGGUAUUGCAGCAGUCAGUUUUUUAUCCGAUGUGGUAAACUAUAAGAUACCUAUGUUAGAUGGGAGUGGAGAGCAUAGCUCAUCCAACAACUGUAUGGUAGAUCGUACAAAGCCUAUUUCCAAUGUGAGGCCAUCAAAUGUAAAGACCUCCAGAAACGACAAACUUCAAGCUAACACUUCUACUGAUACACCUGUAACAUCAAACCUUGCAAAUAAUUCGAAUUGCAUAAAAAGCAGAGGUGAUAAGUAUAAUUCAGUCAAAGGCAAAAAUCCUGUUCCGAACAACAGUAUUGGGGAAGUGGAGACCCAUGGAGUUGUCACAGAUUCUCGUGACAGGAGGAGGUUAGUGCCUCCAAAGUCAAGAUCAUAUCCAAAUCGUAACAUGGCAAAUGUACGUGUCUCUGAAGGAAAGCUUAAGAAUGAAAUUCCUGAAGGUUUCAGCAGGCCACCACGAGAAACAAAGUUGCAAAAUGCAGGAGUUGUUCCAAUGGUCAGGCAGUUUUCUAAUUGUGGCCAUGUUGUUGGAACAGUUUCUCGCAUUUUACAGCAGUUAAAUUGGGGUUCUGAGACAGAAAAUGCUCUUCGUGAACUCAACUGUUUAUUGGAUCCAUACCAAGCAAACCAAAUUCUUAAGCAGAUCCACGAUCAUACAGUCGCUCUUGGCUUUUUCUAUUGGUUGAAGCGACAACCAGGAUUUAAGCACGACGGACACACCUAUACCACCAUGGUUGGCCUCCUGGGACGUGCUAGGCAGUUUGGGGUAAUUAACAAGUUGCUUGAGCAGAUGGUCGAAGAUGGGUGUCAACCAAAUGUAGUGACAUAUAACCGUCUCAUUCACAGUUAUGGCAGAGCAAACUACUUGCGUGAAGCAUUACAUGUCUUUAACCAAAUGCAGGAAGCUAGAGUUGAUCCUGACCGUGUAACCUAUUGUACUCUGAUUGACAUCCAUGCGAAAGCUGGUUAUCUUGAUGUUGCCAUGGACUUGUAUGAAAGGAUGCAAGAGGCUGGGCUCUCUCCAGACACAUUCACUUACAGUGUCAUCAUCAAUUGCCUUGGAAAAGCAGGCCACUUAGCUGCUGCCCACAAACUGUUCUGCGAGAUGGUUAAUCAGGGAUGUGUACCAAACUUGGUGACCUACAACAUUAUGAUUGCUUUGCAUGCGAAAGCGAGGAACUAUUCUAGUGCAUUGCAGUUAUAUCGUGACAUGCAGAAUGCUGGAUUUGAGCCGGACAAAGUGACAUACAGCAUUGUAAUGGAGGUGCUUGGCCAUUGUGGCUAUCUGGAGGAAGCAGAGGCAGUUUUCACAGAGAUGAAAAGGAAGAACUGGGUGCCUGACGAGCCUGUCUAUGGUCUUCUGGUGGACUUAUGGGGAAAGGCCGGGAAUGUAGAAAAAGCUUGGAACUGGUACAGUGCCAUGAUUAAUGCAGGUUUGUGCCCCAAUGUGCCUACAUGCAAUUCUCUGCUGAGUGCUUUCCUUAGGGUUCACCGCUUGCCAGAUGCGUACAACUUGCUUCAAAGCAUGCUUGAAUUGGGUCUAAACCCUUCUCUGCAAACUUAUACCUUGCUCCUCAGUUGCUGCACAGAAGCUCAAACAUCAUUUGACAUGUCCUUUUGUUGUGAGCUGAUGGCAGUCACACGCCACCCAGCGCACGCAUUCCUUCUAACCAUGCCACCAGCAGGACCUGAUGGGCAGAAUGUGAGGGAUCAUGUUAGCAGCUUUUUGGAUCUGAUGCACAGCGAGGACAGAGAGAGUAAAAGGGGUCUUGUUGAUGCAGUUGUUGAUUUUAUGCACAAAUCAGGGCUGAAGGAGGAAGCUGGAUCUGUCUGGGAGGUAGCAGCGCACAAGAAUGUCUACCCUGAUGCAGUUAGAGAGAAAAGCUCCUGUUAUUGGCUUAUAAACCUCCAUGUGAUGUCAGAUGGAACUGCUAUAAUAGCACUCUCAAGAACACUUGCCUGGUUUCGCCGACAGAUGCUUAUCUCUGGAAUUUGUCCAAGCCGCAUUGAUAUUGUGACAGGAUGGGGUCGUAGGAGCCGUGUGACAGGAUCCUCUUUGGUGAGGCAGGCAGUACAGGAGUUGCUUAACAUGUUCGGCUUCCCCUUUUUAACUCAGAAUGGGAAUUCAGGGUGCUUUGUGGGCUGUGGGGAGCCUCUCACUAGAUGGUUGGUCCAACCUUGUGUCGAGAGGAUGCAUCUGCUAUAGUGUUGUUCUAUGUCAAGAAUUUCUAGCUAAAAUCGCAGUUUUGUCGUGGAAGAGGAAUUAGAAUGUACCUAAUUAUGUGCAAGCUCGUAUGGAUUUUCAGCUAGUUUUCCUAAUUAUGUUUUCCUAACUCAUCUCAUAUUCCGGAGUCUAUUUUGUCUGAAUCUAACCGUUGUCUAGUGGCCGUAGAAGAAAUUAGGAGUAAUAUCGUGUUCGUUCCCACUUGCCAAUAAGGAUCAUUUUCCAAGUUUUCUUUCAUAGUUGAUCACAUGAUUGGCUGUUGGACACGGUACUUCCUGGACCAGAAGAAGGAACUAGCCUUUGCUUUCUGUUUUACCAUUUCAGUUCUCUUGAUUGUUUUUCCAAUUGAAUUCUGGUGUUCUGCUUUUUACUUGUCCUGAGGCUGCACGAUCUUAGAAGAAAUCUGUUUAUAUUGUAAAUUAUGUAAGCCAAUCACUUGACCCAGUUUGUGUAAAUGUAGAACACGCUACGGGUUCAUUGUGAUUGAAGCUGUUAUAGACUUCCAUUGCUCGUC